GGAAAUUUGGUCGCAGUUUCCUAACUGGACUUCGCGCAGUAACUUUGUAAAUGUGUUUCCUUUGUCGCUGCUGAAGUCGGUCGGAACCGAGUGUUGGAAAUCGCCAUUUUUGUCUUCCCUCCACGUCCUCAUCGAUCAGGGGUUUUUAGGCGCAGAGAGGCCGGUGUCUCGACGCGAAAGUAUAAUUUGGAAAAUGGCAGCGUGUAUCGAGUGAGACUGAGGAAGUGAACAGAGCACCACAUUCAGGAUGCUAGUGAAAAGAAGGGGGUCCAAGGAAAUGUCGGGUUUGGUGCUUCAUGAGAGGAAGUGAAUUUCACUUAUUACAAAUUGACAAAUAAUAGUUUUUGAAAAAGAAAGACUGAAUUCGUCUUUGUCAUCCCAUACAUUUCAUAGAUUUGCUGUUGGUUUCUUAUUUUGCGCUCUCUACUGCCGCAAAAAAUCGAAACUUGCUCGUGCUGUUCAUGUCGAUGCGGUGCAUCCCACCACCAUAACCUAUUUUUUGUAUUAUUGUGCAUACAUCGCGUCCGCUUUUGACAACUUUAGAUUUUUUGUUUCGGCGCGGGUCCGAGCCGAGUCAGCUCGAAAGCCAACGGAAGCCUUUUUUUUCGCUGCAGCGUGGCUCCGACUCAGUUCAAACCUCGGCAGGGGCUUUUUUGCCGUCGAUGCGCACUGCCUCGUCUGGCCGUGCGAAUAUUGUUGAUAAUAAAUUUAGAAUCUUUUAAGUCUGAAGAGAGUGUUUGGCCGAGAAAUAGGUCAUUGGGUGCUGAAUCUCAAGAUGAUCGAUAACGAAAUUCCGGAGAGCAAGAAAUACACUUCUUUGCGGCGGAGGAAAGGUUCUGCUCACAAGACGGCAGACAUUCAGAGUUUGUUCGAUGUCACCAAUAAGGAUUUGACAGACGAAUUGGCCAGCGCCGAAAACACAAACAAGCGCCUCGAAUCCACCAAGAAUCGUCUUACUGAAGAAGUCCGCAGAGAGCAAAGGCGCGCUGAUCAUCUUGAGGAGAAGCUGCGCGCUCAGGAAGUGCAAAUGAAGGGGAUCGCACUCAAGCUGGAAGAGCAGCUGAAGAAGCAGCAAUUUGACAGCGAGCACCAAAUACAGGAUCUUUCUGCUAGUCUGGCGGCAGCUAAAACGAAGCUGAAGAAUCUGGCCUCUAGUUACGACGAGGCCAACAAACAGCUUUCCGAAUACAAGAAGAAGAACAGCGAUUUAAAUGCCGAGAUGAAGGAAUUGAGGAUUAAGCUUCAGGAGUCGUCAGAGGGGUAUGGGGAGACGAAAUUCGGGGAGGAGUUCAAAUCACAGAAGGGGGAGGUGGCUCGUCUGGAGGAUGAGAACCGAGCUUAUCUGCGGCAGAUCCGGGAGUUGGAAGACAGAGUGAAGGAGAUGUCGGAAUCGGUUGAUGCGCUGGAAGCUUUGAAAGUGGAAUGUUCAAAUUUGUCUAAUGAGAAUAGUCGGCUUCAGAAGGAGUUGGUCGCGGCCCAAAGAGAGGUUGCCGAGAUGGAGGAAACCAAAGCGUCGAUGAAGAAAAUUACUACGCAACUCAAUCAGAUGAAAACUGAUUUGAAGGAGUCACAGAGAAAAUUGUAUGAUUUGGAUGACGAUAAGAAGAAGCUAGAAAGGGAGUUGUCACGUCUCAAGUCAGCAAACAGAGAGGACGUCUACGCUAAGGCGUCUGUACCUUCUGUCACUGGAUAUCGUUCAGAUCAGUCUUUGUAUCAGAGGGGUUCCAGCUCGUUAGAGACAUACCAGGAUAGCGAUGCUCGCGCGGGGUCCGAACUAUCAAAGGACAGUUUGAGAUCUGCCUAUCGGAUCGACCGCGCUGCCAAUUAUCAGAGCGAUUAUUUAUCGUCGUCGUCUGCUUUGUCUAAAAGCCGAAAUACCAUGUAUCGCACAAAAAAGUAUGCGGAUCAGGCGGAGCGACAGCGCAGCUUUGAAUUGUCCGAGUUGAAGGACCAAAUUGAGUCGUUAGAAGGCAAAUUAAAAGAGCGGCAAAAUUUGUACGAAUCAGAGUCGAAGCGACGAGAAGACCUAGAGAAAAUGCUGGCUCAGGAGCAACAAAACGCAAAAUUGUCCAUGGACCAAGCCGCGGAGAGAAUAGAACUACUGACGAGUCAAUCCCAAGAAAUGCAGGAUGAGAUAAAACGCCUCCAAAAGGCCUAUCAGAAGAAGAACCGUGAAUUUGAUGAUUUGAAUAUAAAACACGAAGAAAUCACAUUCAAUUUAAAUCAGAGCCGUCAAUCUCUAAGCAAGUUAGAUUUGCAGUUUAAACAGACGAACCAGCUCCUAAGGGGGACUGAGGCGAAAUUGAAGGAGAGCGAAAAUGCGGUGGAGAAGCUGAGGCGCGAGCUAGAGACGACAAAUGAAGAAUUUACAUUGACGAAGCAGGAAUUGGAAUCAACAAAAAAUUCGCUUUCUCAGCUCAAAAAAAUUUUUAAUGCGACCCUCAAGGCGUUUGAGGAGGAACUUUAUGAGGUGACUUGCAUGAAGGACAAGCUGCAAAAGAGCAAAGCCGAAUUAGAGAAUGAAGUUUCCGGUCUGUUGUGGUAUUUUAAGCCCCUCGAUACUCAAGUUGAAGUAGAGGAGAAGAAGUACCACACGUUGGAAUUCAACUUUGAAGAGUAUUUGAGGAACCAGAUAAACACUGAAUUAGAGAACUUGCGAAGUGCCCAAUCUGUUCGACGACUUUCAAACAAAUCUAUCAAAGAGUUGCAGGGAAUGCUAAAAGAGAGCCUGGCGAAAUUGCCCAGCGAUAUGCAAGAAGAUGUGUCAUUUGAGUUAGAGGAUCUUAUGAACAAUUUGAAUAAAGCUCAAUUCAAGAUCAAAACAAAACUAUUUAUAUUUGUAGCUUUGGUAGAGAACAGAGUAGAUCCUGGUAUUAUACGAGAAUUUGCAAACAUCGCUUUAGAAUUUGCAAACGGCAAUCUUCACAUUAUGCAUUCGCCAGAAGCCUUGAUUAAAGUUUCAUUGAAGUGUUCCAAAUCAGCGACGGAGGACACAGAUGCCUCUUCUAACUCGUUCCGCGACUUACUGUUGAAUCGUCUGGCAUGGCUGAGAUCGAAAAAGACGGGGAAGGAUGCAGAGGACUGCAAGAUAUCUAUUCUAGAGGGAGGAGAAUACGAUGAUUAGGUUAAGGAGGUCAUCAUCCGAAAAGGAAUUUUGGGUAACGCGCUCCUGAUGAAUACCAAGCUUGCGAAAUCAGCGAAGUAGCUUUAUUAAAAAAAUUGUUUAUGAGGAAAAUUAUGGAAUCUAGUUGCUUAGGUACAUUUUUGUAGCACAAGAAAUGGUCUACGUCGCAGAAGUUGCCAUCAACCAAGUUUCAAUUACUGGACUCGCAUCGACAUCGUGUUGGGAGAGCAUCUGCGUAUAGCAUGCGCGAGGAGCACGCAUAUGGACGCUCUUGUAAUCUUUGAUCUAAAACUGACCAUUGUAAAAUUUGCUCGAAACUGUGCCAAAAAGAAUUUGAACUGUUUGAUAACAGAAAAAAAAUGCUUAGCAUUCGGUGUCAGGAACAAUAUACGUUUUAAGCGUUUGUCGGAUACACAAAAGAUCGAGUGCAACAAUAAGCUGUUUUAUAAGCUGGCUAGUCUUCACUAACUUUUAGAACAGUAUGCAAUAGUGUGUACUCAUCCUAUAACAAUAUUCAAGACUCACGUUCGGGUCAAGCGUGGAAACCAAACCGUGUUUGUCUACGCCAAUCCAACAGAAACGGUUGGAACUAUUAAGGAGCGGCUUGUUUCGAUGCAAGGUGAGCCUCCUUCAGUUGAUAAUAUUAAGCUUGUUCAUGAUGGUAAAAUCCUCGACGAAGAGGAUUUUUUAGGCAACUGCUGGACGGAGGAUAGCGUAGUCAUACACCAGGUACACAUGAAGGGUACGCGAUUUUGAAUGCAACACUUGAAGAAGGAAUAGCAUGAUGAGGGCUUUUUCUGAAUGUAAGAGUUAACAUCGAGAACGUGACACACACUUUUAAUUGAAAGAGGAUGGUGAAUGGGAGACAGCAGAAUCCUGAAUGUAAAGACUAUUGAAGAAUUUACAGCCAUUUUAUCAAUAAAAUCUAUAUAAGAAACUGAGAGCUCAUCGAAGACAUUCUUUCAGAAGUUUAGCGGGCAUCAACCAGUAUUUGAAAAAUAAAU